UUAGUAUUUUAGUCUAUAAAUUUGUUGAAAAAGAAUCAUUAUUGGAACUGCAGUUUUUCGUUUUAUUUCGAGGAGUUUGGUGGACAAAACAUUGUUAUUAGUGCCUAAAAUAUUUCUGUUAAAUGGGAAGAUCGCGAUCGAGAUCAGUCAGUCCAGUGAGACGUAAGCGAGCUAAAGAGAAAUCAAAGAGGAAAAGGAGUGAAAGGAGAUCAGAAAGUAGAGAUGAUAAUAGAACUAGUCGUCGUGAAAAAAGGAGACGGUCUGAAAGCAGAGAAGAUGUUAGACAUAGCCGUCGAUCUCGCUCUAGAUCUAGAUCUCGCUCGUUUGAAAGAAGGCACCGUUCACCAUAUCCAUCAGCAUCUAAAUCCAAAAUUUCAACUGUCAAUGUGUCAGCUUCCGAUUUAGAAGGAAAAACACCCGACGAAAUUGAGAUGAUGAAAAUCAUGGGCUUCUGUGGGUUUGAUACGACAAAAGGAAAGAAGGUAGACGGGAACAAUGCAGGCGAAGUCCAUGUGAUUUUAAAGCGUAAAUAUAGACAAUAUAUGAAUCGUAAAGGAGGCUUCAAUAGGCCAUUGGAUUUUGUUGCUUAAAUUUUAAUUGGAACUCAUCAUUAGUUAAUAAGACAAUUUAGAUAUUAAGUGACAUACUCAUGUUAAAGUACACAUACUAAUUUUUCAUCUAUCCGAGACAUUUUCAUACAUUAUGGUGGUAUAUUUGAAAACAUCAUGAAUUUGGUACUGCAACAUAAUCAAAAAAUCCCUCCAUAGUUCACUUAUAAUUCACACAGUACAAUAGCAAAUAAUCUUCAGGUUAAACGAGUUACAAUCGCGCUCCUUUCUAUCUCGUUAAUUAUUUUCUUCAUAUUUCUGAAGAAAAAUCCUUUUGUGGUUUCUGGUUUCUAUAAUAACAAUCAUGCUGUUAAUUAAGGAAAAUGCAAGGGUCUUCAGAAAUAUGGAAAAGAUGCCGGGAGAGAUAUGAGGAAGUGAUUUAACAUUAAAAUUACCACAUAUUUACAAUAGUCUUUUUUCUUCAUAUACACAACAUACACAUCCAUAUACAAUGCAAUAGUCAGGGAAUUAUCGAAUAUCUAAUGGACAUCUUCGUUCUCAAUAUCAUUUUGUGUCAUCUCAAUUCUCAUUUAUCCUACAUUUCAUAGAGUGUGCUCAAUUAAAUGACACUUUUUCGACAUCAAUUCAAUUAAAAUCAUGAAAAGUAGGACAAUGAGUAUUUUAGGGACCGAUAUCCAUUGUGUUCGAUAAUAUUACAAUUUUAUUUGUUGAACAAUUUUUUACCAUAUACAAACAAUAGCUCAAAAAUUUGCCAAUUUUUGAAUGUACCUCAUAAACCCAUACAUAAAAUAUCUAUAGAACAUAAGCCAUUCUUUUUCUACGAAUUUUCAUUACUCUCAAACUUUUCUUACCUAUUUUUUAUUUUACUUUAAUUUCUUUAUCAUUACUACCUUACUUUGCCACAUCUUACCUAUGUCUUUUCGAUAGAACCAAAAUCAGUCACGUUUUGAAUUUUAAGCAGCAACAAAAAAUAAAAUGAAUAUUUUAAUUGUAAAAUUUAUUUAAUUUAUGGAAAUAAAGAAACUUAAUUAUUUAACAUUUGAACUCUUAGUUUGCAUAUUGAUAUUCUACAUCUUGACAGAUAAAUAAAUGACUUCCAUCGCAGUUAAUUCGAAUGUACCCGAUAGCACCUUCAUUUUGCAAUGCUAAACAAUUUUCCCCUCUUGAUGCAUCAUAUGUAUAGUCAAUCUUCGUUGAUGAUGAUAUCCAAUAAUAAUCAAAUUUAUUAUUUAACUUGUGUGCAAAACCGCCAACAAUUACUGGAUCCUGUCCGAUUACAGCACUUAAUUUUGUUCUUAUUUUCAUAAAUUCCUCACGUGUCUCUAAUGCUACCAAAUCCAUGUCUUUAGAAUAACUUUUGCAAGCACUUCUAGCAUUAACUGCUGUCGUCUUUAGAUAUUGAGAGAUGUAAUAAUUCUUUACAUACUCAACACCUUCACUUGAUAUCCCAUUAAACUUGCUGAUGUGCUUUAAUCCUACAUAAAUUCCAUUUUGUGGAUAGCAAUAAACUGAUGUGAAUAUAAUUAAGAACAAUAAAAUUUUCAUAAUUAUGCUCUUUGCUGAAUAUUGUGUGUUAUCGAAAGUAAAGCUUUAUUGCGACUAAGUUGGAUUUAAUUAAUUAUAGUCUCUAGAUACAAAAGCUUCAUUUUUUAACGUAUUUUUGAUCGUUUAAAAAAUUAUUUCACAUAGAAAAACAUCGAACGUACUGAACGCACU